AUGUCACAUAAUGUUGAUUAUGAGGAGUUGAAUGAAUUCAAACCAAUAAAGCUAGUUAAGUUGACCGUAUAUUCCGCUGUCCCCCGUGUCAUUCAAUCGGUCCAAGUCCGGGCCAUGAGUUUUUCGUGCGUUGAACAGUCAUUGAUCGAAGCCAUUAUAUCGCACGAGAGAAUUUCACAGCCUGGCCUUCGGGGAAGAUCAAUUCCUCUUCAUUAUUGGCCGACGCGUGAGGAUGAAGGUCGUGCGAAGGAAUACGUAGCAAGGGCGUCUCAUUCUGGAGGUUGA